UGGACAAACCACCAUCUCUCCAUCUGGCCUCCAUUCGCGAAAUGCACAGUAUAUCAGCUCAGUGAUUUCAAACCUAGCCACCUAGUCCUCACCAAAUGAACGAACUAACCCCAUCUAACCCAGUCAAAAGCAGAACCAAAUUACACAACAGCUGUCAGUCAGCUGUAUGCAGACGGCGCAUCUUCAUCACGUCCAUUGCAGCUAGCUCCACUGACCAAACCUCCGCAGGUCAGAACAGGACAUAUGUGCUUUUUCAAGGCCUCAACCAGCCCGGUCGCUGUUGAUGACUAGGAAUUUUCUCUAGGGGAUGAACUAUUGGAUAAUUGCAUGCUGAGAUUGAAAUAUACACCGAGGACAGCAAACACCGAACCCCGAAUUUAAUAGAGUAAAUAACCUCUUCUCUCCUUUAACCCACGACACAAACGAGCACUCAAUUUGCAGUUCGAUUAUAGGUAUCUUGAUCUUGAUAAAGAUAAUGACCUCGCUGUUUACUCGGUUUGCAAAACUCUUCCAGCCGGCACAACCAGCGCAAUUUGCGCAGAAAGGACCCCUCCUCUGCCUUACCAUCUGUGGUUAUCGUAAGCAAGGGCUGGGCGAGGAUGAAUACCGUGACUACAUGACUAAAGUGCACGCGCCUAAAGUGCAAGGGUUGUUGGUUAAGUAUGGGAUUGAGAAGUAUAGCAUGGUUCAUAGCCCCGUCGAAACCCGCGCGUUAAUGGAAGAGAUCUUCGACGAACAAUUUGCAAACGUGACAGAUUAUGACUGUAUUGUUCAGAUUCAGUUCAGGGAUAUUCAGCAGUUUGUGAGCUUAAAGGCGGAUCCGGAUUAUAUCAAGGCUAUUGCGCCGGAUCAUGAGCAGUUUGCGGAUACGAAGAGGACGAAAAUGACAAUUGGAUGGGUGACGGAUGUUGUCAAAAGUGGACAGAUUGUGUAAAUUAUGAUCUGUGGGUAAAAAUCGACGUCUCUACUAUCGUUCUCUCUGAGAUAUGACCACCGUCUCCAGCUACUUCUUGCGUCCUUGAGCCAGGUACCUGGUGAUUCCUUUGGCAUACCUGUCGAGAUAGCUGCCCAUCGACUUGUCUGAUUGACAUGUCAGCAAACAGGCUAGAAACAGUCGUUGAGCUGUCACUUACAACUGCGGACCCCAGCAUCCCGAUGCACCUUCAUGUAUUACGGUCGAUCCUAGAUUCACAUUCAACAGCCGUCUUUGAUACCAGAUGUAGGCGAUGCGCCCUUACCUCUCGCGGAGCCCCGUUCUCG